AUGGAUUUUAAUAAAGAAAAGAAACUAAAAGUUCUCAAAGAAGUGAAAAGUUUGGCAAAAAUGGAUUCAGAAUUUGUGGUCAAAUAUCACAACUCAUGGCUAGAGUCCAAUCAUCUCUACAUUCAGAUGGAAUUCUGUCCGCAAAGUCUUAAAUCUCUUCUCAUAGACAAAGCCAUUGUCUUCGAGAGACAAACCGAAGACUUGAUGAAUAUAUUUGAGUAUUUCAUUGCAAGUGAGAUAUUCAAAGAGAUCUUAGAAUGUGUUGAAUAUCUUCACUCAUCGGAUCCACCGGUCAUUCAUCGAGAUCUCAAACCGGAAAACAUAUUAAUUGAUCCCACAUUUAGAUACAAGCGAUUCGUAAAAUUGUGUGACUUUGGUUUAGCCACUGAUCACAACACCAAUAAACACACUGCGAGCCGAUACGAGCAUUCAGUUUGUGGUGCGUUGGGAUAUAUGGCACCCGAAGUACUUUUAGGCAAACAAUAUGACCACAAAUCAGACAUUUAUAGCCUCUAUGUUAUCGGUGAAGAGUUGUUUGGUAUCGAUCUUCAAGCUUCGCAAACAUUUGAAACAAAUGAAUCGGUGGUCACGACAGCCAUACUAUGUAUGUGUCGUACGCUUCAGAAAAUGAUGGCAAUUGUGUGGAGACAAAGGCCUGAGUGUCGGGAAGUGUUGGCCAAACAUAACGAGUGGUCUAUCGAUAAGACUGUUGUCGCGAAUCACAAGGAAUUCAAUUCAGUUAGACAUGAAGUGAUGGCUGGGAAUGAGUAUCGCAUGGAUUGCAUCACUGAUACGGAUGUCGAGCGUGAGGUCCGGUCGGCGCCCCCGCCGUCACCCGUGCUCUUGGCUAUGUAA